CUUCAGACAGCUGGAAUCGACAGCUGGGGUCCUUUUCCACAGGGUUGAGGAGGAUUAGCAGCCAACAUGCCGACUGUAGGAGUGAAAAGGGAUCUCCUUUUCAAAGCUUUGGGAAGAACUUACACCGAUGAGGAGUUCGACGAACUGUGCUUUGAGUUUGGACUGGAGCUGGAUGAAAUUACCUCAGAGAAGGAGAUAAUCAGCCGAGAGCAGGGUGACUCUAAGGCAUCUGGAGCAUCUGACGUCAUCCUGUAUAAGAUCGAUGUACCAGCUAAUCGCUAUGACCUGCUGUGUCUGGAGGGGUUGGUCCGUGGGCUGCAGGUCUUCAAGAAUAAGUUGGAGGCGCCUCGCUACAGACGUGUUAGCCCAGCCAGUGGGGAGACUCAAAAGCUGAUUAUAACAAAGGAGACUGCAGCAGUGCGACCUCAUGCUGUGGCAGCCGUGCUGAGGAAUAUUACCUUCACACAGGAGCGCUAUGACAGCUUCAUCGAGCUGCAGGAGAAACUCCACCAAAACAUCUGCAGAAAGAGGAGCCUAGUAGCCAUUGGGACUCAUGAUCUGGACACCAUUAGUGGUCCCUUUACAUACACAGCCAAACCUCCUGGUGAAAUCUGCUUCAAACCCCUCAACCAGACCAAAGAGUACACUGCUGUUGAGCUCAUGAGUCUCUACAAGACGGACAGUCACCUGAGGCAUUACCUUCACAUUAUUGAAGACAAGCCCGUGUACCCCAUCAUCUAUGACAGCAAUGGUGUAGUCCUGUCCAUGCCUCCCAUCAUCAACGGCAAUCAUUCAAAAAUUACCCUCAACACAAAGAACGUUUUCAUUGAGUGCACAGCCACGGACCAGACAAAGGCAAAGAUUGUGUUGGACAUGAUGGUGACCAUGUUCAGCGAGUAUUGUGCACAGCCUUUCACGGUUGAGGAAGCUGAAGUGGUCUACCCAGAUGGCAGGAUCUGCAAAUACCCGGAGUUGGCUUACAGGACAGAGAGGUUGUCCAGUGAAUUCGUCAACAAAAAAGUUGGCAUAAAUGAAUCAACGGAGAACAUUGCCCAGCUCCUCACCAGGAUGUGCCUGCGCUCCCGGGCCACCGGUGUCGGUGAUGAGAUCGAGGUUGAGAUCCCGCCCACACGCUCUGAUGUUAUCCAUGCCUGUGACAUCAUGGAGGACGCCGCCAUGGCGUACGGAUUCAACAACAUCACCCGCACCACACCACGCACCUACACCAUAGCCAACCAGUUUCCUCUGAAUAAACUGACAGAGCUGUUGAGACAAGACCUGGCAGCUGCUGGAUUCACAGAGGCCCUCAACUUUGCCCUGUGUUCAAAAGAAGAUAUUGCAGACAAGCUGGGGAAGAAGAUCUCAGACAUCAAGGCUGUUCAUAUCUCCAACCCUAAAACUGCUGAAUUCCAGGUGGCGCGCACCUCCUUGCUCCCAGGUCUGCUGAAAACCAUCGCUGCCAACAGGAAGAUGCCCCUUCCUCUCAAACUGUUCGAGAUCUCUGAUGUGGUGCUGAAGGAUGAGACCAAAGAUGUGGGAGCAAGGAACAGCCGGCGUUUCUGUGCCGUUUACUACAACAAGAGCCCGGGCUUCGAGGUAAUCCACGGCCUGCUGGACAGAACCAUGCAGCUGCUGGAGGUGCAGCCAGCCAACGGUGAAGGAUACCACAUCCAGGCAGCAGAGGAUUCCACCUAUUUCCCUGGUCGCUGUGCAGAGAUCUUCGUCUGUGGUAAAAGUGUGGGUCGUCUUGGGGUCCUCCACCCAGACGUCAUAACACGCUUUGAGCUGACCAUGCCCUGCUCGGCCCUGGAGAUAGACAUCGAGCCCUUCCUUGGCCACACUGCUGAAACCACCCUCACACAUGACGUCCCCCUGCAGGAAGUCCUCAAGCACAAGUUCCCCACGCAAGAAGAUUCCUCUCAGGUCCCAUCCUCCUGCCUGACGUCCACAAAAACUGUGUUUGGUGACAUGCUCACACCCACCGGCCUUAAAGCUCUUAAUGACUUUCUGGCAGAUAAAAGCUACAUAGAGGGCUUUGUGGCAUCUCAGGCAGACAUUGCAGUAUUUGAUGCCAUCCCUUCUGCUCCCUCGCCGACCUUCUGCCACCUCCUGCGCUGGUAUAACCACAUCAAGUCCUUCCAGAGAGAACGAAGCAGACUUCCUUCAGCUAAGAGUCAGUUUGUGCUACCAGCUACUCCCCCAGCCUCCACAAACAACACCAGCGACGACGACAUUGACCUAUUUGGCUCAGAUGAUGAGGAAGAGAGCGCAGAAGCUGCUAGAAUCAAGGAGCAGCGCCUGGCAGAGUACGCCGCCAAGAAGUCUAAAAAGCCGGCUCUCAUUGCCAAGUCCUCCAUCCUGCUUGACGUCAAGCCUUGGGACGACGAAACAGACAUGGGCAAGCUGGAGGAGUGCGUCCGAAGCGUCAGCAUGGAUGGGCUGCUGUGGGGGCAGUCCAAGCUGGUCCCGGUGGGCUAUGGUAUCAAGAAGCUGCAGAUAGGAUGCGUUGUGGAGGAUGAUAAAGUGGGAACAGACCUGCUGGAGGAGGCCAUCACCGCCUUUGAGGAAUAUGUUCAGUCUGUGGAUGUGGCUGCCUUCAAUAAGAUCUGAAUCACACAGACGCUGAAUAAAUUCACUGAAUGGUA